CUGAUUAUGCAUGGGCUGGAGCUGCCUCCUCUAACCUGUUCUUCUCGGAGCCGGGCAGCCGGCGGUCCUCAGCCGCCCACAGAACAGGAGCCGAAACAACCGUUCCCGAAGGCUACAGCGUUUAUUUUUCUCUUUUGGGGGGUUUUGGCGGUUGUUUCAGGGGCUCGCCAACUGGCCCCUUUAAUUAAAAGCUUCAAUAAAAGGCGAUCGCGCCAGGAAUGCACCCGCUCCAGAUAGCGCAGGAUUUGCAUAUUUUUUUAAUGCCCUAAUUUCCUUGAUGUAUGUAAAUGUAGCCGGACGUAGAGGGAGACAGGGAGCUGACGUCAAUGGACGUGACCUCGCAGCUAAACCUUGAACGUGAAGCCGGGAUGGGGGAAAACACGGAGCGGCAGCCGGCGGAGCCCAAGAGCGCGGGCGGCGGCGGCGGCGGCGGCGGCGGCGGCUGAGCUCAGGGCGGAGGUGCCAAAGGGGCCAGUGCUGCCCCGGGGGAGGACAAGCCGCUGCCUUCUUUCUGCACCACGCGGCUUCCACCCUCGCUAGCCUUCCGGCUGCACACUCGGACUCUUGUCCUGCGCCUCCAGCCCCACCAAAUACACGUUCUUUUGCUUCCCUCAGAAAAGCAACACACCCCAAAACAACAAACCAAAACCAACAGAUAAGCCAAAUCGAAUCCCCAAAUGUUUUAGGCCAAUGCUCGGGUAGCUUAUCAGAAAGAAGACUCUGACAAUGGAACAUAAUUUUUUUUUUUUUUGGCUUCUUUCCACAAGAAGAGGAGGGGGAGACCACAGACAACAGCAAAUCACUCCUAAAACACAACUACACGUGUUCCCUGUAGGGAGAGGUAAAUCGCCCAGCCGACUGGUGGGAGCUUCUCAUUUCGACGCCAAAAGGAGCCUGUUUGUGUGCUGCGGCCGCGCUGUGACUCUGGAUCUUGUCUUCUGGCCAGCGCUUCGAUUCCUGCCCAGCUGGAUUUGGGUGGCAACACUGCCUGGCGCAGGGCGAUCAAAUGAGACUGCAAAGAAGCAUAAAAUGAAUAGACAAUCCAACCAACUAAAGACCGGGGGCAGCAGCAGGCCAGCAAGACGGCAUCUUCUCCUCCCCAGCCUAGAAGCCCUGUGAAAUCGAGGAUCUUCCCCCUAAAACACACAUACACAAGAUAUGUGCAAUCAAGCUGCCACCGCUUGGUAAAAAGCUCAUGGUGCCUAACCCAAAAGGAUCAGGAGCAGAUCCUUGAAUCAGCUGUCACUUCUAUAGAAUGGGAUUUUUUUUUCCUUCCUCCUUAACCUGCGCUGGAAAUUGCCGUUGGCUUUAUACAUCUCUAUAGAGGGAGGCUAAAGAGUCUUGCGUGAGAAUGAAGCAAUUUACAAUGCAAAUAGAGGCCUGUGAAGGGACGGAUGCUGCUGCUCACUCCUAACAGCUUGCUGCACCUUAAUAGCUGGUUUUAUUUUCUGAUAUUAAUAGAUGAAUCGUUGGCUAACGCUGCCGGAGAUUACUUGCUGAAAGGAAAAAAAAAGUUCGGAAUAAACUCUGAAGGCAACAGAUCUCGUUUGGAUGUUUUAGCUGCACACACACAAACAGAAACCAGGUCAUAUUUGCAUAAAAGGAGGAAUCUUAAAUGCGGCAAGUAUCCUGGACGACUAUUCGGUACUGCCCGAAAGGAUCGGGAUCUGGAGUCUGGCAAGAGGAAGACAGAGGCAUGUGAGGGAAGCGAGUUGUUAUCUUUGGUUAUCUAGCUGUAUGAGUGUAUUGGUCUUCAUAAAGCUAGAUAACCGAAAGUAAAAACUCCUUCAAGAUCGCCGGGGAGCGUGUGAGAAUGAAAGACUACAGCCAAGAGACAGUAAAAACAAAGGUCAGGAAUACUUAUUGAAUCUAACUUUUUGUUUUGCUUUUUCCUUAUGAUUAAAGAUGGAUGAGAGAAAAUUAAGUGCACACAUACCCUGAAAUAUAAAGGUGCCAUAUAUCUUGAGAGGGGUUGUUAUAGCUGCAAAUGAGAAUUGUAUAGUGCUAAUGAGUAAAGAUGCAUGUGCAAUUUGUUCUCUUUUAAGGUAAAAGUUUAUAUGUCAGGGAUUUUUUUUUUCUUAGAAAGCUGUUGUGGAGAUGUCUGGUACCUAGUUUAGAAAUGAUUCCAUAAUACGUAGACUUGGGCAGUUCCUUUCUGAGGCCCCCAUCUCUCAAAAUUUGAAGAUUGAGCUUGGAAAAUACUUUUCAUGUAUUUGGGCUGUAUGUCAAAUUAUAUGAAAUUAGAGUUUUUAAAAAAGUUUAUACUGGAAAGUUAAUAAUGUAUAUCUACUGAGGACUUAGAGCUAGCAGAGAAAAUGGAAAAAAAAAAAAAAAAGCAAAGGCUGAUUUUUAUUCUUCUAUUCAAAAUACAAGGACAGAUGCUUCUCUGUUCCAAGAGGGUUUCCUUGAGGAAGCUACUGAAGCAGAAAGACAUGAUGGAGACGAGAUCGCCUCCCCUCUUGUCAAAGUGUUAAAAAAAUGUUCUGUCUUACUCUGCGCCUAGCAUUGGAAAUGAAAGUGACAUUUACGCCACAACCCACGUGUGCGCCUCCUCUCUUUUUGUUUAAGGAUGAUCAGGUCUAUCCAGGAAACAGCUCUGGCAUCCCAAACUGAAAUAAUUAGGACGUAUAUAGACCUGACAAAAAUGGAAAGGGGGUGGGGAAUCUGAGGGUCUGUCUUGCCUAAUUGAUUCCGCUAAACGGAAUGCAGGAGAUGUGAACGGCAGGACGCUCCGAUUCCCACGCUCGGGGGCAAGUGGUAAAGCGGGGCCCGGCAGCCUAUGACAGACAGCCCUGUUGGGGGGUGGGGGUAUGAAAAAAACAUCAAGUGCACACACCAUACUCAUCUCCAUCGCUUAAGAAAGUAAAGGCAUUUCCCACCCACAGCCAUCUGCAGCUUCCCAAAUGGCAACACCAACUGGUCUGUAGCUGCUGCAUACUGUCUGCUUCUGUUAAUUUUUUAACCCGUGUUUAAUUUGGCUAUAAUUAAGUUUGGCUUUCUUCUUUGGUUGAGAUUUUCAAUAUUCAAGGAAAGCUAGUAGAAAGCAAUUGCAAAAAAUCCCAUGACUGCCUGCCCCUCACGUCAAAUUCUCAGUCUGUACUUAUGGCCUUGUGACCCUCUUUUGGCUUUUGUUUUGAGUGGGUUGUGUUUUAAAAUAGUUAUCUCUAUAUUACAGUCAUUAUUAUGACUUCAUCAGGUUGUUUACAUCUUAACGUGAUACAUCUAGGAACUUGGCCUAAUUAUGCUGAUAGAUGCACACUGGAAGUAAAACUAUAAAGUCAUUAACUUAGAAAAUUGAUUGCAAUAACAAUAUGAUAAAAGGUGAUAGGGAAUAAUCUCAGCUAGAUGGUUCUAAACAGUCAUUUUUAAAGUCUAAAAAUAAUUAUGUCUAGCAGAAACUUUGGAGGUCCCCCAUUGUAAUCCUUUCCUAAAAGUCCUUAGGUUUUUCCACAAGUCACCAAACAAACAUUUGUGUAGGCAUUUACACAUAAAUACAGCCACUGCAAUAAGAAAAUGUCCAAAAUGGCCUGUUAUCUUCCACAUGGCCUAGAUUAUUGACAAUCCCAAAUAUACAGUUUUUCUUCAAAAGCAGUACAUUUUCCUUUGUAGCUUCAACUCCUUGUAAGACUUCAGACUGAGAAGCCUGUAAAACCACUGUUAGUUUCAGUUAGAAACUCUGAGAGACUUUAUUAACCUAAAUUCUCAAUUUGGCUGCUGAACACGUGCCAAAGUUUUACUACUGUAGUGACCGUUGAGAAGACCCUUGUUUAUUUACAUUUGAAGCACUGUUUGUGCAAACAACCUUUCAUUGUUAAGUGCCUGUAUUCCUUUCAUUUACUUCGUGUCCAGGGGUGCUAUUUACCUAGAACCAUUGUCUACUACAAUUAACAUUUACAUUACAAAGUGUGUGGUUUUCUUUCUCAAGGAGGUUCAAUUAAGGCAAUAAGAUGUUUGCUGGGGAAACCUAUUGUUUACUGAAAGCACUCAAUGGAGUCAAAUUACUGAAGCUUUUGCCUACAUCUUGGUCUUUUAUGUAAAUAUGUUAAAUAUAACAUCUAAGGAAAAUAAACAAUAUUAUAAUUAUGUGUUUGCCAUUGUCAUAUCAAACUUGCUUUGUAUCAUACUAAUGUUACAUAACUUAUCGAUCAAUAAAAAUACAUUUC